AUUGAAUAUAUGCAAUCAAUAAUUUGCAAGACAUUAAUUUUGGAAGGGAACCUAAUCUAUCUCUCUUCCUUAAACUUGAUUAUAGGACUUUUGGUAAGCGAAUUGCCCUUAAUCGGAUAGUAACAAAUGUGCACCUGCAAUAAAGCCAUCAUCAUUAAUAUAUGUACGUAAGAGACUCUGAUAAUAACAGAAUCCGUUGUCAAGUAGACGUCCGCUUCAAACUCCAAGUUUGAUACUUCACUCUUCGCCUCGGCUCAAUCCCCUCGAACUUCUCUCCUCUUUAUAAACGACAAAACCGUUUCAUUCCUCACAAAUGAACGUCUGCAUUUAACACUUUGCCAUCAAGAAUUGAAGAAAAUAAAUAUGAUGGUGGAGAUGAAUAAUACCUCUCGUGGAAACAAGAACAAAUCGCAGCACCUACGCUUAACUGGUGGAGUUGGUGAUGGUGUGGGAGGAAUUGUUUUGUUGGGCGGAGGUUUGGCUGUUGGAGGUUUGAUUGCAGCUUUUUCAAUCAUCAAGAAUAGAAAGGGAAAAAACUUCGACAACUCCGCCACUCCUUCCAACAAGAAAAAGAAUGCCAGGCAAGGCCUCUGUUUUUUCAUCAGAAUUCAUGGUUAGACUUAGGAUUUGAUGAUUUAUUAAUUUAACUUAGAUUUUGCUUCUUCUGCGUUAGUUUGAUUUAUUUUAUAUUUGAUUUUGAGUCUUUGCAGCGUCACAAGCCAUGAAACAUCAAAGAGUGCCGUCACUGGAGAUAAAACUGUGCCGAUAUCGGAUGGAGAACAAGAGAAAACUAGCGAUUUUCAGACAGAAAACUUUAAUUUUAGCGCUGAAGAGUCUUCUUCAUUGCUAGCGCCUGAUGGCCCCUCUUUGGCUAAACCAGAAAAAUUGAUCAAGAAUGAAUGUGGUGAGGAUUUGCGUUUGAAGGAAACCAGUUGAAGUAAAGAAAGAGAAUGAUGAAGUAGAAACGAAAAUUGUGGUAGCAGAAAAAAAUAUACAAAUUCAAUUAGCGGAAGAAGAAGGGAAAAUGAUGAUAGUGAGAGUAGGGAAGAAGAAGUCACAGAGGAAGAGGAAGAGGAAGAGAGCUCGGAAGAAGAAUCUUCAUUGGAGGAACAUUCAGCAGUACAAUCAGUUGAAGAAGAAAAAGAAGAUGGCGCUAGUGAUGUGGGAAAGGAAUGUCUCAUAAUGGAAGAGGGUGAGAGCUCAGAAGCAGAAUGGUCAAUGGAAGAUGAAGGAAAGAGAGAGGAUAAGUGGGGAGAGAUGGGAAAAAUGACAGUAAAAGAAAAUUCACCGAACCAGUCAGUUGAAGAAGAAGAAGAAGAAGAUGAUGAUGAUAAUAGUAGCAAAGAACAGAACAUAGAGAAAGAGGAAGAGAGCUCAGAAGGAAAAUUGUCUUUAGAAGAAAAUGCAUCAAUGGAAUCAGCUGAAAAAGAAAAAGAAGACAGCCACGACCACAGUGAUGAGGAUAGUGGCGAAGAACAUGUGAUGGAGAAAGAGGAAGAUAGCUCAGAAGGAACAGUAUGCUCAUCUAUUGAAUCCAACAGUGAGGGCGCAAUUUGGCCGGCAGAGAUGAUAGAGCCUUUGUCACAGGAAAUCAAAGAAACGGAUGCCAUCAACCAGAAUUCAGGGGAGAAGAAAGCCAACGAAACAGACACUUACCAUUUCUUAGACUGCAAAAGGAUGAGAAAUAUCAAGAAAAGCAAUAAUCAAACCACGUGCCAGAAAGCAGUUCAGGCAAUCAACAUGAUAAAUGAUCUAACAGUGAACCAUCUGAAUCAACGAAUUUGGGUUUGGUCAAUUUUGGUGUUACUGUUGCUGCUGCUACUGUUGCAUAUUCGCCGUACAGCUGUCCCUUCCAAUCUUAUUUAUCAUGAUGAUGCCAUUGUUCCAUGAGUUGAAUAAAUUGUCACUGUCAAAAACGAAAUUUCCAUUAGUUGAAGAAUUGAAGGCUUUGAUUCA